UGCUGUUUUCUUCUCAGAGAGUCGCAUCUCAUUUAUCGCAGUUCGUAAAAGAUGGGACGCAGAAAGUCGAAGCGAAAACCCCCUCCCAAGAAGAAGAUGACAGGAAACCUGGACACCCAUUUCCUGCCCUUCUGUAACCACGAGAAAUCAUGUGACGUUAAGAUGGAGCGAAGUCGAAAUACGGGGAUAAUAUCCUGUACUGUGUGUCUAGAGGAAUUCCAGACACCAAUAACCUAUCUCUCAGAGCCAGUGGAUGUGUACAGUGAUUGGAUAGACGCUUGUGAAGCAGCCAAUCAGUAGUUUUGCAGAGUCAAGUUUCACAGAUGACUAAAUACACUUAAAGUCUUCUGUUUGUUUUAAACUUCUGUAUUCCGGAUUCACGGUUCAAUCUUGUAUUGAAGCUGAAAGAAUGAUCCAAUAAAGCCACAGAAGGAGGUUCAGGCAACGCUGAGAUGAAGACGA